AUGAAAGAGAAGCUUAAAACAGAUGUUAUUGAUAUAGCCAAAGCAGCGUUCAAAUCUGUUAAUACCGUCAGCGGCACAAUUCAACAAAAUAUCACCGCUGUUAAAACAGCCUGUGAGAUAUUUGCCAACGGACUUGAUAAGGAGCUGAUGGAGGGCUCAAGAGGAAUAGUCAACCAUGUUAAGGAAAAGGCGUUGCCAUUGGGGCAACUCGUCGCUAAGAUUCAAAAAUGCGUCUGCGAGUGCGAUAAUUGCAACAAGCAGGAUUGUGGCAAAAAAGCCGCCGCCGAAUUAAUAAUGUGCGCGCUCACCUCUACAGUGAGACAGGUCGGCAACGAACUGAAGUCUGUAUUUCUCGGCGAGGGCGCAAAGGUGGGCGGCAACAGAAGCAUCGCACAGGAAUUGGACAAAGUGGUUGAGGAGACUCAGAAGCUUCACAAGAAUCUAGGAGACGCGGAAAAUGAGACGAAAAAACAACCGCCCGGUCCCCCUGCCGGCAACCAGGACAAUGGAAUUUUGAAGCAUGUUAACGAGAUUGAGGAGAAGGUGGAAACAGCGAUGAAAAAUGGUAAUGGUUCUCUGGAGGUUAAAACUACGAUGACGAAUUAUAACAACAAAAAAUCUGGAAAGGCGCCAGGCAACAGCCUGUAUCAUACGCUAAUCACCAAAGAUAUUCAAGAUACCAUGCAGCCUUUCAAGUCAAUGAAUGCUUUCGGAGAAAAUGAAGGAAAAUCAGAAAUUCAGGGCGGUACAGUAGAAACAGCCACAAAAGCAGUCGAAGCCCACGUCACCACAAUCACUCAAGAACUCCAGGCCAUCGCCUACCAUGUUAAUAAGGAUAAGAAGUGGCCGGGUGGGCUGGCACCCGAACCUCAAGAAAAAGAAGGCAUCACGCAACUGUUGGAUGAUCUUAAGAAGGGGCUUGGUGGUGUGCCAAGUUGGCAAGUUGAUAGCAUAACUACUAAAGGACUCCAAUCAAUUCAUGAAAAGAUUCAACAGUUACAAAAAGGGCAAUUUACACAACAACCCAAGAAAAUCGACACAGCCAUUAAUGAAAUUAAGGCGGAGCUCAAAGAGCUUAGGGAGAAGUUGAAGAAAGAUAGUGGCGUCCCUAAAGAUGGCGUGAUUGACGUGUUGGAUGAUUUGAAGACUGCCGGUGUCGAAGGUAAAAAUGGUUGGAAAGGCACUGAGGGUCUGACGAAAAUCCAGCAGGGAAUUCAGGAGCAGAAUACUGAAUUGGGCAAACAGCCUGAAAUAAUCACUAACGCCAUCAGCGCAAUCAGGGAUCAACUGUUUCAGUUAGGAAUAAAGUUGAAUAAGCCCUUCGACUACGAUGACGUUUUGGACAAAUUGAUUCAGUUGCAAAGGAAGCUUGGCACAGCGGACGCCCAAAAUUAUGGUGUCAAUCUAAAGAAAAUCUACGAUGAAAUUCAUUGGCAACAAAUCAGUACAUUCACCCACAAACCCUACGAAAUUCAGGCAGCCAACGAGGCAAUCAAAGCGGAACUCAAAGCGCAGAUGAGCGCGCUGGACAGUGAUGUCAUUGAGACGCUGACCAAUUUGAUGACCACGGGGCUGAGUGACAAUUGGCAUAAACCUCCGACUAAAAAAGGCCUCGCAAAAAUUGAGAGUGAGCUUAAACGUCAACAACUUGAAUUGACCAAACAGCCAGGAGAUAUCGGCGGCGGCGUCCGGAAAAUUACCGGGGAGCUUGACGAUCUCAGGAAUAAUUACCUACAAAAGGAGGACAGUGAUGUAUCUAAAAAAGGCGUGAUUAACAAUUUGGGGGAUGUGAUUACUGCAAUUGACAAAGACGCAAAAAACAGUAACGGAAGCUUAAAUAGAAUCAAGAAAGAGAUUGAAGAGCUCAACAGGGAUACAGUCCCUGACAUCAACAAAUUCCUUGGUGAACUGUGCGCCAAGAUUGCGAGCGAAGCCGGCAGUGUGGAUUGGAAGUUGGGGCUUUUCAAAGAAAAUAACAUCGACAAAGACCUCGCAAAAAUCAAGAGUGACAUCCACACCCUCCGCACCGGUGACCUUCACAAGACCAUCGACAUGUGCGACAAGUUCCUCGAGAAAGCCGACGACAUAAAAUGGGAGAAAGUAGAAAACAUUGAACGCUUCGUAGACAGUGAGAUUGAAAAGGCAAUCGCGGAGCUCAGCAAGCAGGCGCGGCGUGACUACGUGGAGUCCGCCAGGGACGCGCUGAAACACUUCGCCCUAAAGGCGGAGAGCGAGCUGGAGACUCUGCCAAAGGAGAUCGACGAGGACCUGACGAUAGGCUUCAAGGGCCUCAUGAAGCAGAUGGAGGGUGAGCGCAGCGAAAACAUUAACAGGCUCAAAAACGUGAAAAGCAGAGAGCUUCAAGCAUUGUCCUCCGCGUUCCAGAAUUUCUUCGCGCCGCUCGACGAGUAUCUCCGUGAGGAGAUUGAGAGAGUGAAGAAGCAGAGUGACGACGAAAAGAAUCCCUCACUGCCGAAGUCGGAAGAGCCCUACGCCGCCGAGUGGGACGCCGUGCACAGCGAUGUCAACGCCCUGCUCAAUUACCUCUGCGUGACGCAGGGCUUCGACGACAGGCUGCGAGGCCUGCUCCACAACCUCAAGGAUGCGCUCACACAGCUGAGGCCGCAGGGCUUCCAGAAGCCCUCCACUCCCACGCUGGACUCCGUGAGCAGGGGACUCAGUGCCUUCGACGCUGAGUUCGGCGAUGCAUAUAUCUCCACUUACUCGGGCGCGGAGUGCCGGGAGGCGGACGCCGAUAAGUACGCCAAGGUGUUGCUGAGCUUUAUUCCGAUGACGCACGAGGCGCUUAGCAACUUGGCAGAGAAAUGCGGCACCAACUGGCGAAGCUAUAAGAUAUGCAAGCUCACCCCCGACGGGAGGGACAACGGCCUGGGCAACUACCUCACCAAAUGCGGCUACAAGGUGUCACCCACCGACGGACUCCAGGAGGGGGAGUUGCAAAACCACGGCGACAUGAACGGUGAGCAAAUUCAUGCUUUGCUUAACUCCCCAGUUGAUGUCAGCGUCAAAAUGCUGGUCGGUGGCAAGCCUGCAGAAAAUGGAAUUAAUGUUGUCGACUUAGUUGCGCUUUUCUAUAACAUGCUUUGUCGGUACCUCCAGGUCUGCCACCUUAAAGUACACGAAUCGCCCAGGUACCCCUGCACGGUGAGGGACAUGUUGUCUUGGCUCUCAGGCCUGCAGUACACUCCGGUGGCGGACAAACUGCCUGACCACUGCAGGGCGUUGCUCAACCGCAAGUGCGACGAUAACGAUGCCCCCAACAGGGAGGAUAAAGUCAUGGUGCAGUGCAUAAAUGGCCUGCCGUUCACUAUCGCAGAAGCGUGUUCGUACGCCAACUCAUUGCUCGUAACCAUACAGGGCCACGGCCGCGGCUUUGACCUCGCCGCCUACCCCUACUCCGUCGACUUCGCCAACAACACCGCACAGCUGUACUACCCGGACGACCCCGACGAGCUGCUGGAGAUGAUGAGACGGAUAAUAUGCCGCCUGUGCUCAGUGCUCUAUUUCCUCUACGCCCAGUGCUGCCGUGCCACCGCCACAACCAAGGGCUGGCGGGAGUGCCACUACGGCCGGCAGGUGCCGUCCUCCCACUGGCAAUGUAACACUCUCGACAAGCAGCCCGAUGACGCAACUCACAACUGCCCGCCCACCUCGCCGCUCCAGUCCUUCCUCACAGACAGCUGUCCCAGCCUCCUGCCGCAUAAGCUCAGUGUAGUUGACAAUGCCAUCGAAUGUGCCGACUGCCCUGCCAACCUACCAGGCCAACAGUGCCUCACCCCGAUGGGCUUCUGGGACCUUGGCGUGGCAGCCUCCAUGAGACGCACCGGCAAGGAACUUGCGAAGUCACUCGGCCGCCUCUGUAGUGACGCCGACACCUGCCUCUUCCAACUCUGCCGAACACUGCGCUUGCUGUGCCCCUCAGCACCGCAGUCACUCGGCGACGUGUUCGCGCUGUUCUUCCAAAUGCUCAGAAUGUGGAACCACGAAUCGUCCCGGCGUGCGUACUCUCACCAUGAGAGUUACCAAACGCACCUGAGCGAUGAGGCCAUCGACAAGCUGUUCCCUCUGUGGACACAGCUCCACGGCAGUUACCAGAACAGCAAUCUCACCAACGCCCUGAAUGAACUCGCCGGCCAUGACCAUGACAACUCAGGGCACAAUGCCCUCUCAAGCCUCUCCGCCGAGCCCCCUUGUCAAUCACCCAGUGGAUGCGCCCCCUUCCUCCAGCCGCUGGCGCUGCACGCCAACCACACCUUCCCGCAGAAGCACGCACAGCUGUAUGUCUCGUGGAUAGUGUGGCUGGCAUGGCAGCUGUGGGAGCUGCUGGAGUCCCUGCUGGACGCCUUGAACAACAUCGACUGCACGGCCCACGGCUGUGCCACGUGCCUCUGUCAGCCAGGCAACCACGGCGGCGAAGACGCCUGCCACUGCCCGUCACUCGUCGAAUGUGGCGGACCUCUGCCGACACUCUACCGCUACGGAUUCACAUACCGCAACGCCCACGUCCUGCUCGCCGGCAGCCAGAAGAUACGGUGCAGUGACCUCAACGACCAACUCACCAAGGCACUCCACUCCGACCACUUCACUCAACUGUUCCACCAGAUCGACCAACUCCUCUACACCAUCCGUGCCCCUUCCUCUUCGCCAUCGUCGCACUCUGGCUCAUCGCCACGCUCUACAUCCUCGGCGUACUGCUCUACCGCAUGGACGGCCUCCCACCAAGUCGACGUCAAGGCGCUGCUCGCCGGCAGCCGCAGGAUGCUCUCACUCUACAAAGACGUCGACUACUUCGACGACGACUUUCACUCUUGA